AUGAAGCUCUCAAUCUUUCUCCCAGUAACCAUGCUAGCAGCCGCAGCUCUGGCUGUCGAUCUUACUCCCAUUAACAAUCUUCCACCAUGCCCUAAAAAUUGUGUCUAUAGCGGAAUAGGCAAAUCCAAGGAUUUCGGCUGCUCGUUCCCUAGCCCUCAAUGCCUGUGCCGCAACCGUGCAUACCAGCAAUACCUACAUAACUGCGCCCAGAAAUGUACCCCUGCGGAGCGUGACCAGAUGCGCCAAGCUGGAACCAAACUAUGUGUAGAUGCUGCUAUCCCUACUGGAUUGCCCACUGGCCUGCCAAACCUGCCAAUACCCACGGCCAUUCCCACCCUAGUCCCAACAGCCAUUCCUACCUUGAUUCCUACUGCCAUCCCUACUCUUGUCCCAACUGCAAUUCCUACUGCCAUUCCUCCAUGGGCCACUUCCCUUAUCCCACCUAUCCCAAGUCUUCCGUCCAUCCCUGGCCUCCCAUCCCUUCCAAGCCUUCCAUCCAUCCCAGGCAUUCCACCUAUUCCUACCCCAGCAGCUAACGAAAUGUUCAACCAGGCCAAAGCCUCACCCAACUCUAGGGUCAUGAGAGUAAAGCAGGAAGCUUAG